GCGGGCCGGUCCCCUCCCCCUCGCGCCGCCCUCUCUUCCUCCCGUCCUGCAGCCAAUUAGCCGCCCCCUCGGGCGGGAGGCGUGGGGCGCUGCAUAAAGCAGAGCGGAGCUGUCACCCCGCGAGCCAGGAGCCGCGCACCUCCCGAGCCCAACUGCGCGCCCGCCCGCAGACUCGGGCCUCGGCCGGGAGCAGCCAUGGCCACCACCAACGGGGCCUUGGAGAACGGGCAGCCUUCCGAGGAGCCCGCCCUGCCGCGCCCGGUCCGCAACCUGGAGGUCAAGUUCACCAAGAUAUUUAUCAACAAUGACUGGCAUGAAUCCAAGAGUGGAAAAAAGUUCGCCACAUAUAACCCUUCAACUCUGGAGAAAAUAUGCGAAGUAGAAGAAGGAGAUAAGCCCGAUGUGGACAAGGCUGUGGAGGCCGCUCAAGCUGCCUUCCAGAGAGGCUCCCCGUGGCGCCGGCUGGAUGCCCUGAGCCGUGGCCGGCUGCUGCACCAGCUGGCCGACCUCCUGGAGAGGGACCGCGCCAUCCUGGCCACCCUGGAGACUAUGGAUACUGGGAAGCCCUUCCUCCAUGCCUUUUUCGUCGACUUGGAGGGCUGCAUUAAGACCUGCAGAUACUUUGCAGGGUGGGCAGACAAAAUCCAGGGCAGGACCAUCCCCACAGAUGACAAUGUUGUGUGCUUCACCAGGCAUGAGCCCGUCGGGGUGUGCGGGGCCAUCACUCCAUGGAACUUCCCCCUACUGAUGCUGGUGUGGAAGCUGGCACCUGCCCUGUGCUGUGGGAACACCGUGGUUCUGAAGCCGGCAGAGCAGACUCCCCUGACUGCGCUGUAUCUCGGCUCACUGAUCAAAGAGGUCGGCUUUCCUCCUGGCGUGGUGAACAUUGUACCAGGAUUUGGGCCCACAGUGGGAGCAGCGAUUUCUUCUCACCCUCUGAUCAACAAGAUCGCCUUCACUGGGUCCACGGAGGUUGGAAAGCUGGUUAAAGAAGCUGCAUCUCGGAGCAACCUGAAGAGGGUGACGCUGGAGCUGGGGGGCAAGAACCCCUGCAUCGUGUGUGCCGAUGCUGAUCUGGACUUGGCAGUAGAGUGUGCCCAUCGGGGAGUGUUCUUCAACCAAGGACAGUGCUGCACGGCGGCCUCCAGAGUGUUCGUGGAGGAGCAAGUCUAUGCCGAGUUCGUGCGGCGCAGCGUGGAGUACGCCAGGCAGCGGCCCGUGGGAGACCCCUUCGAUGUCAAGACCGAGCAGGGGCCCCAGAUUGAUCAAAAACAGUUUGACAAAAUCCUUGAGCUGAUUGAGAGUGGGAAGAAAGAAGGGGCCACGCUGGAAUGUGGAGGCUCGGCCAUGGAAGACCGGGGACUCUUCAUCAAACCCACGGUCUUCUCGGAGGUUACCGAUAACAUGCGGAUUGCCAAGGAGGAGAUUUUUGGACCAGUGCAGCCCAUACUAAAGUUCAAAACCAUUGAAGAAGUGAUAAAAAGAGCGAAUAACACUGACUAUGGACUCACGGCAGCUGUGUUCACAAAGGACCUCGACAAAGCCCUGAAGCUGGCUUCCGCGCUGGAGUCGGGGACAGUCUGGAUCAACUGCUACAAUGCCCUCUACGCACAGGCUCCGUUUGGUGGCUUUAAGAUGUCGGGCAACGGCAGGGAACUAGGCGAAUAUGCCCUGGCUGAAUACACAGAAGUGAAAACUGUCACCAUCAAGCUUGAGGACAAAAGCCCCUGAAGCAAAGGCGCUCUUCCCUUGAACACAGACGGCUCCCUUGGCAGAUCAAACUUGCUGGAGGGAAUAACUACAGUACUGACCUUCCUGGGACACUCUCUUCCAGCUACUUUCAGUCUACUAGAGCCAAAGGGUUUUUAUUUUCAUCUCACACUGCUGUUUUAUUGACCUAACUCUGGACGCUCGUAUGUUGCAUGUGAAACUGCAGCUUCACCUGGGAGGGAGCCAUGGGCCAUUUCUGAUUUUGCCUUUAGACCUGGUGAGAGAGACAGUGAAGAUACUCAGGGCUCUGUUAGCAAGAAAUGCUAUUGAAGUGUCCAGCAGUGGCUUCAGGAUGCUCUGCUGAAUCCAACUGCGGUGAGAAUUUGGAACACGCCCCCUGUGUGACCCACAGUCCCUGUACUCGCCGUCUCCUAUGGUCACAUGUGCACACAGUUCCUCUUUGUUCUGAGGAUGGGGGGAUGAUUCCAAAGGACAAGAUUAGUACUAAAUUAAAAUGAAAGAAAAGGAUUUUGAGGAUGUGACAUGGGGAGAUUUGGGGGUGCACGUAUUGGGCAAGGGCAUCAGAAGCCUUGGGCAUGCACAAGUGUGGGUUUUGGAGGAGGACAUAACAUGUUGACAUUGACUAUGGGUCUCACUUUGAGACUAGUACUGCCUUUGCACUGUGACCAAAUUGAUGUCCCAAAGAGCUUACUCUAAAACUGUGAUGGCCCAUAUUACUCAAGGUACUUUCUAAGGCACGAGACUGUUAGUAUCACCACAGCUGCUGAGGACCAACUGUUCUGGUAAAACAACAACACCACCAAUCCAAAGAUAGCUAGCGCUGCAUUUGGAAAAUCAGUACCAUGAUUCACUUUUUUAAGUGAUGUAUUUUAUCAGGUUGAAUAAUGGUUUACAAUAAGCCUCCAUCCUUGUCCUUUUCUCCAGGACCAUGGUCCAUUCAGAUUAGUAAAAUGUACAUACCUGGGAAGACUGCUGUUUCAAUUCACCCCUUUUUUUAAAAAAAAAAAAGUCCUACUUUAUUAUUAUUAGUUAACAAAUAAUUUCCAGAUUCCAUGGAGAAACUAGAUCCACACCCAAGUGACCUGGGUAUUUCACUAGCAUGUUAGGAAAUAUUCUUUUUCUCUUUUGUGUAUCCAAAAUGAUGUGCAAUUGCGUAUUUUAACUUGGAAAACUGAGCUUAUUCCCAGAUAGCUUUAAAAGGAAAACCAAAUUUCAGUUGUGUUACUCAGUUACUUUUGCUAAACCCGUCCAUUCCUGGAUAAAUGGUGUGCAAGCUUGAAAGCUGAGUUGGAGGGCAAUAACAGCAUAAAGGUCUAUGUCAGAACAAGUGUGUAUGCAAGGAGAGUUAGGUGUGUAUGCCAUCACCCUUGUCAGACGUGACAUAUACAAUUCACUUUCUUGUCACCACUAGUGAACACAUAUUACUUACACUCCUAAUAAUAACUUGUUCAACAGAAUUUGAUUUCGUACACUGAAUUUCGGUAUCCCAAGAAGCUAUAGACACUAACCUCCAUUGUAGUACUGUAGAGGGUCCCUAUUCUUUCACUGUACAAUAAUGUCUUUAAUAUGAAAUGCUACAUUAUUUAUAAUUGGUAGAGCGAAUUCGUCUUUUAUAGGUGUAAGUACACAGAGGUGGUAUAUUUAACCUUCUGUAAUAUAAUGUAUUUAGAAAUGAAAAUCUAUAUAAUGUUAGAUUUCACUUCUUUUAAGGUUUACCCCUGUGGUAUUGUUUAAAAAAUAUCAGACUGGGAAUUCUGAUCCCAACUGCAGAUUGUGUUCAACAGUGAUAAAAUAAAAUUGGAUAUUUGA